UCAUCUCUUCACUUGGGCGUUGGACUCCGCAUCUUAUUAGCAACAAGGGAAAUUUCUCCAUUUUGCAGCCUAUCUACAGCGACUCGGCCAGCGAUCUGGGAUUUUAUUACUUCUCCUGACCUGCCAGAUUUUUCCUGGUAUUUAAAAGAUUCCUCCUCGUUCUUACUGGACGACUUGUCAUUUUCCCUGUCAACUUUCUCUCCGUGCAGAGACAGGGAGACGUUAGCGAAGAGCUUUGAGUUUCAACAAAGAAAGCUUGUGGGUCUUUGUUCGUUUUUUGGAUCGGUUGAGUUUCUUUGUUGGAGCGAAAAGCAUGGGAGCGCAAUUGUCCAAGACAGCUGGAAAGGCUGAAACCGCGACUGAAAAACCCGGAGAGGCUGCUGCUUCACCCACCAAGACCAACGGACAGGAAAACGGACAUGUUAAAGCAAAUGGAGAUGCCUCCCCUGCAGCGGAGAAUGGGAAAGAGGAGGUGCAGGCCAAUGGCAGUGCCACUGCAGAGGAGAGCCCCAAGGAGGAGGCCGAGAAGGCAGAGUCCGCUCCUGCUGACAAAGAGGCUGCAGAUGAGGAGAAGGUCGAAGCAGCAUCUCCCGCUCCUGUUGAAGGAGAUGCAGCAGCAAAGGCAGAGGACAGCACUUCACCUUCCACCAGCAACGAAACCCCCAAGAAGAAGAAGAAACGGUUCUCCUUCAAGAAGUCGUUCAAGCUCAGCGGCUUUUCUUUCAAGAAAACCAAGAAGGAGACGGGAGAGGGAGCAGAGAAUGAGGAGGGGGCUGCAACCGCCUCCACAGAGGAGGCCAAGGCUGAGGGCACAGAGGAGGCAGUGGCUGCUAGUGAGGAGGCCAAGCCUGCUGAGGGGGAGGCAGCACCUGCUGCAGAGCCUGCCAAUGAGGAGGUAGAGGCCAAACCAGAGGCAGCGGCACCAGUACCAGAAGAAAAACCUGCUGAGGCCAAGGAAGCUGUGCCCACAGAGGAGCCAAAGGCAGAGGAGAAACCGGCCGAGGAGGCGCCCAAGACAGAGGAGGCUGCCCCGGCCUCACAGGAAGCAGUAUCAGCAGAUGCUCCAGCUGCAGCUUCAGAGGCUGCUGCUGAAUAAGCUCACAAAAAGGAAGAAGUUAGAAAAAAGGAGAAAAAAGAUAAUCAAAGAACAUUUCCCUGUUUGUGUGUUGGAGUGACCGCCAGCUCCUGGCUUUGAAGAACUUGUCUACAACCAGGGAUAUUUUAAAGCUUUCCUUUAUUUUGGAUUUUUGGUUUUCAUUCCCCGUUACACAAAACCCUACCCAGUCCAUUGUUACUUCCACCCCAACGGGCUAGGGAGGUGGGUGGCUUCAAUGUACAACAGAUUUAAUACAUCCACACUGCCGCAUACUUUUCAUCAGUAUUAUAUAUAUAUUUUUGGGGGGAAAUUUUAUACAAAAUGUAAACAAAAUGGUAUGGACAUGCCCAUGGUAUGAAGAAGACUGAGGUUUCUAAGGGGGUGGGGGUGGAGGGGUCACGGCGGGGAGGAGAAGGCCUGGGAACUGUGCCACAGACUAUAAUGACAAAAGUAGUCUAAAAACUAUGAGACCAACAGCUAUACAAACCAUAUGGUUUACAACACUAAGGCCUUUUGAAAUACAAGACAUCCCAGAGUUAGGUUUAUAGGAAGACAUAUAAACUCAUAGGAGCUCUUCACCUCUCAUUAGCUGUACCAGUCAGUGAUUCAGUAGGAAUACAAGUUGUAUAGGCUUUAUUGUUUAUUGUUGGUUUUAUGACCUUAAUAAAAAUGUAAGUAUGUAUAGGCGGGGUGUUUUUAACUGUGAUUAUUGUACAAAAUUAAAUUUUGUUUUCAAGAAGCACAAGAUGUUUGCAGCUCUUUUUCCACUCGCUCAUUUUUGUAAGAUAGCAACACUCGAGGAAAAAAAAAAUGGAAUCUCGGAAGAUCUUCUCAAGCGAUUUUGAACUCAAAAACCAAGCUGUGAUAGGUGGAAUGGUUAACUGUUUAUAUACUGUGGUAUGUUUCUUAAUUACAGCAGGCAAUGGUUUUUCAGUGGUCUCUUACAAAAUUUAAGGAAUCUAUCAGAUGCAAAUGUUUGUGUAGCAUCUUGACUUGCUCUCUCUUCCUCUUUUCUUUUCAUUUCAUAAAUACUGGAGAAGCCUUGACCAGUCUGACGUAGAGAUGGAAUGUAACUUUGCUUACAAGAAAUGCUAUUAAACUCUCUUGCUUAAGGUGUUCUAAUUUUCUGUGAGCACACUAAAAGCAAAAAUAAAUGUGAAUAAAGUUUGA